CCCUCUCUCUCCCUCAUUCUGUGAAAAGAGGGUUGAAAGAAAGAGGGAGUUUGUGCCACAGGCUGUAAAUGCGAGUCAGACCAUACACCCAUACUGCAGAGUUUCCACGGGACACAGCAGCUCCAGGAACCUACUCAAACUCACUUAAUCAGUUUCAGGGCAGUAGUACAGGUCAGCUAUGGAGACUCCAGGUCAAAAACGAACCAGCCGUGGAGGGGCAACCAAUGUCCUGUCCCCCAACCGCAUCACUCGAUUGCAGGAGAAAGAGGAUCUGAGCAAUCUGAAUGACCGUUUGGCCGUCUACAUCGAUAAGGUGCGCUCUCUAGAGGUGGAGAAUGCAGGUUUGCGUCUACGCAUCACUGAGUCGGAGACAGAGAUCAGCCGAGAGCUGAGCGGCAUGAAAGCGGCAUACGAGGCCGAGCUGGCAGAUGCCAGGAAGACUCUAGACUCCGUGGCCAAAGAACGAGCCAGACUGCAGCUGGAGCUCAGCAAGGUACGAGAGGACUACAAGGAGCUGAAGGCAAGGAAUGGGAAGAAAGAGUCAGAUCUAGAAUCAGCUCUGGUCAGGCUCAAGGAUCUGGAAGCUCUGCUGAACUCCAAGGAUGCUUCCAUCUCCACAGCACUGGGGGAGAAGAGAUCGCUGGAGACUGAAGUCAGAGAACUGAAAGCCCAACUGUCCAAGCUGGAAGGCAGUCUAAAUGAUACUAAGAAGCAACUUCAGGAUGAAAUGCUGAGACGCGUGGACGGUGAGAACCGUAUCCAGACCCUGAAGGAGGAGCUGGAAUUUCAGAAGAACAUCUAUUCUGAGGAGAUCCGUGAAUCUAAACGCAGGCACGAGUCACGUAUGGUGGAGAUAGAUGCCAGCCGUCAGCAGGAUUUAGAGAGUAAACUGUCGGAGGCUUUGACAGAACUCCGUGCCCAACACGAAGAGCAGCUUCGCAUCUACAAAGAAGAGAUUGAGAAGACCUACAACUCCAAGCUGGAGAAUGCUCGUCAGUCGGCUGAGAGAAACAGUCACUUGGUGAGAUCUGCCCAUGAGGAACUGCAGCAGACACGUUUGAGGAUGGAGGGUGUGACUUCUCAGCUCACACAACUGCAGAAACAGUUGGCUGCUCGAGAGGCCAAGAUCCGCGAGCUGGAGGAGGCCCUGUCCAGAGAGAGGGACAUCAUGCGCCGUCGUCUGGAUGAGAAGGAGAAAGAGAUGGCUGAAAUGAGACAACGCAUGCAGCAGCAACUGGAUGAGUACCAGGAGCUCCUGGACAUCAAGCUCGCGCUCGACAUGGAGAUUAAUGCCUACAGAAAACUUCUGGAAGGCGAGGAGGAGAGGCUGCGUCUCUCUCCUAGUCCGCCUCCUGUGCGUAGUGUGACAGUGACCCGCUCCUCUGGUUCCGGUACUCACGCUCACACACGUGUGGUCCAGAGCAGCUCCAGUCGCACACCUUCUGGCAGCGCUAAAAAGCGCCGUAUGAACGAUAACGACAGUGAUGCCUCCAGUGUGGUCGGUGGAACUGUCACACGCACACGCGUUUCCCAGCAGGCCUCUGCUAGUGGCCGGGUGACCGUGGAUGAAGUGGACAUGGAGGGCAAAUAUGUCCGGCUCAGUAACAAGUCUGACCAGGAUCAAACUUUGGGACAUUGGCAGGUGAAGAGGCAGAUUGGUUCCGGCACUCCCAUUAUCUACAAGUUCCCACCAAAAUUUAUCCUCAAGGCUGGGCAGAUUGUCACAAUCUGGUCCGCAGGAGCCGGUGGAACCCACAACCCUCCCUCUGAUCUGGUGUGGAAGACUCAGAACUCAUGGGGAAGUGGAGAUCUGUUCCAGACCACCCUCAUCAGUUCCAGUGGGGAGGAAAUGGCCAUGAGGAAGGUCACACGUACUCUAUACCAGGAUGAUGAAGAUGAUGACAUGGCCGCCCAUAGCACAUGUGGAGAUAGUGAGUACAACCUCCGCAGCCGCACGGUGGUCUGUGGCUCGUGUGGCCAGCCGUCAGAUAGAAACAGCGGCUGCGUGACGGCCAGCUCAGGAGUGUCGAGUGCGUCACGCUCGUUCAGUAGUGGAGGGGGGCUGCCUGAAUCUUUUGUGUCUCCUUCACACUUUAUCAUGGGCAACGAUAAACCUAGACAGGUUGGACCCAAACCAGAGAACUGCUCCAUUAUGUAAACCAGCUGUUGACAGCCCUGCAUCUAUUCUUUCACAAGAACCAGGAAGAAUUUGUCCUUUUACUAGUUAUUUUCCUUAUUACAUUAUAUUUUUUGUACUUUCUUAUUUUACAUUUCGUAAACUGCGGGGUAGUAUAGCAAAAGGCUUCAUGGCAGCUUGUAUGCUGUAGUUUGAGAAUUGUAUGUACAGUGUUACUUUAAUAGAUAUGCAUGUUGGCCUGGCAGCGGCUUCAGAAUAACCGUACUGUACUCAGGGAGAGAGGCGAACAGAGCAUCUCACACUCAUACCGUGAGCUCUCCAUGGAAAUGCUGUCAGAAAGCAACACGCACAGUCAAGAAACCCUCUUCAUCACUAAAUUCUCAUGUAGUGUACUGUGCCUUACCGUGGGCUGAUUAUAUAGCUUUCAUACAAAGACAAGUAAACAUACUGAGCUAAUGCAAUACAGUAAAUUAGGUUCCACUUUAUAUCAGCUGUACCAACAUUCUGUGCAAUUAUGCAAGUAAGUUUGAUGGUAUUUUAGUGCUACCUUUUGCAGUCCUGUGUUCUUCAUUAUGUGUACCUAUAAAAGGGAACGUACAUAUUGGCGACAAAGAACGAGCACUGUUAUCAUAUGAAUGUCAAAAGAAAGGGCUCAUCAAUUUAAAAUAGAGCUGAAUAUCAGAAUCAUGUAAAUCUAUGCAGUUCUGGUACAGUGAGACUCCAGGUUCUAAAACUAUUACACAGGUGCUCUGGAUGUAAAACUAUUUUGUAGAGUUGCACAUAUAAAGUUGUACUAUGUGUCUUUUGGAAAUGUGCUUACAGGCCCUGACAAGACUGCAGUAUGUCUUGUCUUAUGCAAUAAUCAUUACUGUAUGGUUUUGAAAGACUUGAAGCAACUAUAAAACUUCUAAUCCAAAGAAAAUCUUCUGAGCAAAUGUUAGUAAUUGCCAGGUUGUCGACAUUUUAAACAAAACCUGAUUGAUUGUUUUAGUAGUUAAACUUAUGAAGUUUACUUUAAGAGAAAAGAUAUUUCUGAUGUAUUAUGUUACCAGAGUAUCAUGUUGUGUUAAAAGUACUGAGUACUAAAGAAUAAUUGAAGAUGAUGCAGGUUUGAGAGAGAUUACGUUUUUUUGUUUGGCCCAGGAGGGAGAAUAUUUGAAUAUGCAAAAUGACCACCGUCAUUCCCUGGUUUAACAGCCUUUUUUAUGGUAGCACUUGAAACGUUUGAGUUUUGUUGAAACCUUAUUUACAUUUACACUAAUAUCUUUGUAUUUGUCAUUUGUCUAUUUGGCUGAGUGUUGAUUUGCUCUUGUCUCCUCUCUUUCAGUAGUUGUUCCAGUUCUUUUUUUGGACUGUUUUUAGGCUCCAGUAUUCUGAAUAAUCUGUCAUGUGAAGUGAAAGUUGUUGUCUGGUUUCAAAUGUCCUGUCCUUUUAGGGCAGAAAGACAGGUUCUAAACCGAGAAUCAAAUUUGAGUCCUAGAAUUGAUCUUAAUACAUGGUGUUUACAAAGGAAAUUAAGGCAGAUUUGGUUUCAGACAGCUGAAACAGGAAUCUGCUGCUUCAGAAUAAAUACUUUUUAAAGACUCUUUUCAUCAAAUAUAUUUACAGCAUAAAAACUGAGUCUACCUACAGCUCUCCAGAAAGAGGACUGGAUAUUGGCAAAUUAAAAAUUGUAUAGUAUUGCUUUGCAAAUCUUUGGGUUGCUUCAGGAGAAUUUGGAUCAUUAUGUAUAUUUUUUCUACUUACACAAAAAUUGUGGUUUUGUAUCGCUACUUAAAUUGCCAUUGUCAUUAUUGUAAUAAGCCAUAUCUUUUGGUUUUUGAAACUUAUACCUGAAUUCACUUCUUUGUAGUUACAAAUCUGUAUGGAAUAAUCAAAUUUGAUUAAAUAUAACAUUAUGCAAGAAA